GCCAAAGUGACGCCACCUCGAGCAUCCUCUUUAUGCAGCGUAACCACUUUCAAGAUCAAGAUGUCGCUUCCGAACAUCUGGCAUCACCGCCGGGUGGCUGAUAGCUCCGCCAAAGCUUGCUGGAUCUGCUACAAGCCCACCCCUAGCGUUCUUAUUACACCAGAUAACAAGGAUUUCUUUUAUAUCUGUGUUGGACAUCUCAAAGAUCGGCAGUUUUGCCGAGCUGACGAAGAUGAGGCUGCGGCUGCUGCUGCGGCUGCUGCUGCCAAGAAGGACAAAGAAGAACUCGAUCGUGAGAUUGAAAAGGUGAAGCAAGAGUACGAAGAGAAGCAGAAACGAAAGAAAGAAAAGCGGAAAGAGAAAGCAAAAGAAAAGGGCAAAGACAAAGAGAAGGAUAAAGAUGCCAAGAAAGCUGACGAUGAGGAAGACACCAAGGAUGAGAAGGCAAAGGAUGACAAGGUCAAAGAGCUAUCCGAAGCUAAAGAUGCUCCAAAGGCGGACGAUGGACCACGUAUCUAUUCUUUAACGAAGAACUUCUACCAGAUGCGUAUUGACCGCCUCCGAAAUGCUGAAAUCGCGAAGCGGAAUAGAGAGCGCUUGAAGAACCCUACCGCUUUCCCAUCUGUGCCUAGUACUUCGCCAUAGCCUAUUCCUGGUCGCUAACGUAGUUCCCUAGUGAGCUGACCACCCGAGCGAGCUGGCCACCCCAUCAUUGGUACAAUUUGGACGUUUUAGAACCCCAGCAAUCUCAACAACCAUGAAAUAUUUCAGGCUGUGACUUAGAAUGAUAAUAUACGUGGCUAUUUUAAGAAUGUAUAUCCUUUUUUUAGAUCUCUUAAGAGCCCUGUUUAGCCAUAGCAAAGUUUUGGUUAGUUUUGGCCCCUAAAAUUAGGUAAUACCUACAAUCCAAUCGAAUUAUGCCUCUAUAUUGCUCUAACCUUUCUUUUAGCUAUUAGGAAGAGCUAGAUAGUAUGUAGAACCUUAAAACUGUACUUUAUAUUUCAUGGUUGUUGAGAUUGCUUGG